CGUCACGAGGGUUUUCAACGUUCCGUUUCCACGACGACGUGACCACGCAACGGUUGAUUAAAAAUCAUCGCGUGUUGCAGUCGAACGAAACCACGAUUCAUCCAUCCCCGCACAGCAUCGGCGACCACGUAUCGUUCUCCCGUUUUCGGACCGACAAUCGAGUCGAGGGCGCAUCCGUCAAAAGUAGUACUGCUGCUGCUCCUCCACCGUCAAACAGACGCGCUCCCGGUUCUUACGCGCUCAACACAUCCGCAGGUAAUCAUGAAGAAGUACUGCUCAACCAAGAUGGACCCGAAAGCGUUCGAGUUCGGCAGGGAUGCUACGGGCCCGGGGCCAGCGGCGUACGGCAUCAAGACCACGGUCGGCUGGCAGAACCGGAUGCCGAACAUCGCUAAAGGCCCGGCGUACACGUUCAAGCAGGUGCUGAAGGUGGACGACGCGACCGAGAGCCCGGGGCCGAAGUACAACCUAGAAAGGCUCACGUGCCACGGCAAGCAGGCCGUGCCCAAGUUCUACAUGGGCCUGAACCUGCCCGAGAUCCCGGACGAAGCGAGUCCGGGACCGGCGGCUUAUAUGGUCCAAAACAUGCGAUCUCGAGCCAAACCUAAAAUACUGUUGCCGCUCCCCCGUUUGGAUUCCGUAAGUCGCUGCGAGCCCCGUUUUCAUCGCUUUUCCGUUUAUAUAUACCGUAUAGACAAUGAGAAUUAUAAACGGGUAGUCACUAAAUGGCUAAACACUAGCUGCAAACGGAUUAUAUUGUGUUCGGGGUGCACGUCCCAGCACUGCGUUUUCUCGAUGUAAAUAUUAUUCUUUUAUUAGAUUUUUUUUUCCUUCAGUGCAACUUUAUAGCAGACACAUAAGAGAUCCGCGAGUAAGCUUUAUCAAACUCGUCGUGUAUUCAUCCCUUAAUCGGCAUAGGAAAAGUUUUUUCAAAACUUUUGAAUUUUGAAUUUCUAUUAAAAUUGUCUGUUUUAACCUUCAAAAAAUUCUAACCUUUCCUUACACACAGCACGUAAUAUAUUAUAUGUAAAAAAUUCACGUAUUUGCAUAGAAAGCCGAGCAGCCCGGACCGAACCAGUAUAAGCUGAAAUCGACUUUAUCAGGCAAGGCCGUCUCGCUUGCUAAGAAAAUCGAA